AUGUCUACACUGAGCUAUCCAAUGAUCGGUAUAUAUACAUCCGGUACAAAGCUGACCGAGGCUGAUCUACAAGCCGUAAAUCCAGACCCACACAAGAAUGUGGGGAUAAAGUGGGUUAUUAAGCGGAAUCGGAAGUCUCCGCGAUGCUCCGCACUUACUGCGAACUUUCUCCGUGAGACGUGUCAGCAGCUACCAAUCAUGAGCCAGUCCAACACAAAUACCGGUUUAUAUGCCGAUGAACAUGCAAUUUUCCGAGUCCGCCGAGAUCUACAAUUUCCUGUGCCAGAAGAGGGAGAACUCUUGAUCGAGACACAGUUCUCAGGCGCAAAUCCGGCUGAUGUCAAACAUGCCACUUUUCUUGGAAUUUACCCGGCUGUGCUGGGCUACGACUUCUGUGGAAAAGUGCUCCAGGCACCGCCCCAGUCGUCCUUUAGCCCAGGUGACACUGUUGCCGGGUAUACUCCUACCGGCCUCAACAGACCAGCUGGAUAUGGGACUCAUCAGCAAUACCUGGUUUGUCCAGAAGACAUGGCCUUUCAUGUUCCUGCAAACCUUCCACCACAUCAUGCUGCAUGUCUUAGCGUCGUGACUAUGACGGCGGCUGAUACACUUUAUAGCAUCUUCAAGUUUCCUCUACCAGGUACCAAAGACACAGAGAAGACAGGGAAGCCAGUGCUGAUCUGGGGCGCAUCAAGUAGCGUUGGUCUUUGCGCGGUGCAGCUCGCCCGGGCAAGCGGUAUUUAUCCGAUCUUCGUCACUGCAUCCCCACAAAGACACCCGCUUCUGCUGGAGCUCGGGGCAACGCAAUGUUUUGAUUACAGAUCCCCAGAUGUGGUUUCUCAAAUCAAGUCCGCGCUAGAACAGGGACAAUGGAGUUCCAUAGACUAUGCUUUCGACACGGUUGGAAGUUACGGAGGAACCGGCUCGGCCCAGCUUAUGGCGGAAUGUGUUUCAGAAGAGGCCUGUCUUGUGUCUGUUGUUGUCCAGCGUGAUCCUAAGUUCAAGAUGCCAAUUGCUACCCCGAAUAGGGACUGCACUAUCCGGGUUCACGGGGCUCCUCGACCGAUUACCAUUCCAGCCCGACCGUCCGACUAUGUCCGUGCAUGGCAGGCCCUGCAGUGGGCGGUUACGAACUAUGGGGCCGGAUUCCAGUUCCCGUCUGUCGAUGUGGUUAGUGGGACAGCUGAAAACGCGCUGGAGCAGGUGCAAGCCCUGGGUGAUGGUGCACGAGGUUUUGGGAAGCUGGCUCUGGAGCAUCCAUUGCUGUAG